AGAUGCAGUACUACAGCUUACCGGGUUUUAAAAGUGCAAAAAGACUAUAAACAAACUAUUCCGUAGUAAUAUUUUACUUCUGGGAAUCAACUUCAGUGAAUAAGUUCAAAUACUUGUACGUUCUCAGUGUGUUUAUGUGCACACGUAACGUUGCGCGCGUGUGUGCGUGCGUGCGUGUGUGUAGUUGCGCUCUUCCUGGUUCCCUCCUGGGUUCUCCUCGUCUCGGUUCUGCUCCUCCUGGGCUUCUUCCGUCGCUGCGUCAGGAGGAACCAUGUUGACCCGCUAACAGCCGGAACUUUAACCCACUAAGCAACUAGUUGCAGUUUGAUAGCUAACGCUAGUUAGCCCGCGUUAGCUCCCUGCUAGCUGCACAGCGCGACGGUUACAGGCAUGUUUGCGUCCUGCUGUAACUGGCUGUGUCUGGACUCGGUUGCUGACGUAGAACCGGCGGGUGGAGCCGAGCGACGCCACCAGUCCUACACCAACUCCGCCUUCAGCAGCCAGCCGCCAGCUCCACCCCAACACACCUGUAAGGCCUGCGGGGGGAGGCUCGACACCCCCGCCACCAAGCACGUCUGUGUCGACUGCCAGAAGGACUACUGCUGCCGCUGCUCCGCCCAGCUAGAGCCCCGCCCCCGCCUAUGCCACACCUGUCAGCGUUUCUAUGGCAACCUGCUGGAGCGGGCCGAGCUCAUGAAGCUGAAAGUGAAGGAGCUGCGGGACUACCUGCACCUGCAUGAGGUCUCCACCCACUUGUGCAGAGAGAAGGAGGAGCUGGUGGAGCUCGUCCUCGGACAGAGGUCCUUGCCGUCCCACGUGACCGCCCCCGAGACUCCAACCUCCGAUUCCCCCGACGUGACUUCAGACCCCCCUGAAGUCAUCCCUUGCAUCUCCUCCUCAACUCCCGACUCCCCUGCCUCCAUCCCCGAGCCCCCUUCUGCCGAGCCCGAAGCCCCGCCCCCGCCAACAGAAGAACCCGCCCCCGCUGAGCCCAAUGCUGCGGACGAAGACCAGAACUGGGAUCCGGAGGAGGCUCCGGUCUCAGGCCGCCGGGCUUCUCUUUCGGAUCUGAGCUGCCUGGAGGACAUCGAGAUGCUCAGCGUCCGACAGCUGAAGGAAAUCCUCGCGAGGAACUUUGUCAACUACAAAGGUUGCUGCGAGAAGUGGGAGCUGAUGGAGCGAGUGAGCCGGCUGUACCAGGACCAGCAGAACCUACUAGCUGCUAACGCUGUGAACUCCUCAGAGUCCGGUGGUGUUGGUGGAUCUCCAGGCCAGGAGGAGAACCUUUGUAAGAUCUGUAUGGACUGCCCCAUUGACUGUGUCCUGCUCGAGUGUGGUCACAUGAUCACCUGCACAAAGUGCGGCAAAAGGAUGAGCGAGUGUCCCAUCUGCCGGCAGUACGUGGUGCGAGCCGUCCACGUGUUCCGGUCCUGAGUCAGCGACCUGAAGGUCAUCAAAGGAAUAAACAGCUAUCGAACCCUCCUCCAGUGCUGCGGCACAGAUGUUUCUAUUUUGGUAAUUAUUUUCUAGUGUAAAUAAGAAGAGGAAUGUGAGAAGUGGCCUUAUGUUUGAACUCAAACACUGAAUGUACACUCACGUGAGUCGUGAACUUUAACCUUUGAACUCGAGCCUCCAGCUGCCUCCAAAGAGACGUUUCACCUGGACAGGUGAGCUGCUCCUUUGCUUUGUUUCCUGGAUGUGGUGAAGCUGAACCACCUGAGUGGGAAUUACAUCCAAUCGGAGACGCUAAACUGCUUUAAGAUCAGAAUGCCAGCCGGAGAAUAACCUUUGACCUCCUCAGACACACUCUCUGAGUCCCUCGCCCGGCCUCAGCUGAUUGGUGCUACACCUGUCAAUCACACCGUUUGACCUUGGGGUGAGCAGAAAGAACGUCGAUCUGAACGCUGCUUUUUCCCUUCAGAUCCUCACCUUUAAUUACAGGAUGAACCGUGUCUGCCUCCUGCAUCAAUACGCAUUCAAUCCCACUCACUGUUCAUCCUUUAUUUGACACGGCGUUGCAUUCAAACUUUUCAUUAUUACAUUUAAAAAAAUAUCCAUCACAGAAAAUCUGCAUGUCAAGCUAAAGAAUGAAUAAAUGUUUACCUAUGUUUAAGGCAUUUCCACUUUGGGUUCAAACCUUUAAUUUAAUUUUCAGUCAAAAGUUUAACUAAACAAUUAUUGUUAUGAUCGUUUUAGUGGAGAGAGAAGAGGGAUAAACUGCCACAUUGCUCCAAAAAGUGCAGAAUUUUACAGACAUCUCACAAAUAGUGCGUCUUACGCAAUAGUUCCAGUGCCGUAUUUUAGCAUUUUUCACACUGCUUUCAGUCUUCGUGCUAAGCUAACUAUGGAUCCAGGCCCAUAGCUUCCUUUUGAGGUCAUUUCCUCUUCAUGCGUUGUAGGAAUUGAAAGUUUUAUAGACCUUUGGUUCUAUUUUCCAAGAUGUUUCAGAGUACCUUGGAAAGACUAAAUGUAAAAACAAAGCACCUGUCUGCUGUUUUAAUGUAAGAGUCCAAGAACUGCUGGAUCUCAAAUGAUCGUGACUCUGGAGAAGAGAACUUUACUAGAAGUUUGAUAGAAUCACCGGGGCUCCAGGACGCUUCCUGGUGGAGCUCCACAUGUUAAUGUUAAAAUGAUGAUUUAUUGAUCUCCGUGGUUUGAACCUUGAAUGAACGAAUGUUUUGAUGCUUUGAGCCUUUUCUUUAGUGUUGUUGUUGUUGUAAGGACAAAGAAGAGGAAGUUGUUCUUGAGGGACAUAGUGGGACAUAUUUACUGUUGUUUUUGGUCUUCUUGGUGAGCUCGUGAAGGGAUAUAUUUUAGAUGUGUUUUGUUUUUCUGAAAUGAUGGUUGCUGUUCACAACUGUGUUUGUCCUAGAGUUUAACUUGAAGAAAGAUUUAUUUUCCUGCGCUUUGAUUCCUCAUCUACAAUAUAUGUAAAUAACAUAAUGAUCACUUUACUGUGUUCUACCUGUUAGCAUACCUGUUAGCAUUGUUACCUGUACCACAGCUGGACGCUAACAUGCUGCCAUCCAGUCUCUCCAAGUCUUUGCCUUAUUGAUAGUUUAGUUUGAGGAUCUUUAGCUUUGGGAAUAGUUUGGGAUUGACUGCCUUAGUCUCAGUGAGACGCAAUAAAGCUGAAUAAUCUGUUUUAACCCCGGACUUCAAUCGCAAUGUCAGAUGCUUUGUGAUGUUGUUAAAGCUUCACUCAAAUCUGUGUAAAAUUAAAUACUGUCAAUUUGUAGAAGCUUUAGUUUCAUGGUGAACUUUGGUGAAGAAUUUUUAAUAAAACCAAUUAUCUUCCA